AUGCGAAAUCUGACCAGUAAGAAGAACCCUAGCAUUCUCAGAAAAACUUCGACAGACGACAUGAGAAACUUUAAACUUGAGAAUGUUGCUAAAGAAUUGAGCACAAGGGCACCACUACUGUAUUCCACUCUGCUAACUACUGCAGUUAGGGACCAAGUCAAGACCACCUUACCAAGUGUUGCUUUGGCUGCUUGUAUUCUUCUAAAAGAGAGAUCCCCCCAUCUGAAUGCGGCUCAGAUCCUAAUGUCUGUCAUAAUGAAGUUCAGUGGUUCUCAGGUAAACAGCUGCUCGGCUGUACUUAUAUGUGGGCACUUCCUCUUUACCUAGGUUGUCCUAAAACCAAUCACUAUCAUAGACAAAGGUACUCGAACUGAGAUAACCCCCUCACUGAUUGUACUUGUUUAAAAGGAGGGAAAAGCUAUUAUAGUCUAUUCAAUUUUUUCUGAUACUUUUCUGUGCAUAACUAACGUAAUUAGAUCAAUUUUAAUUCUUUAAACAAACAAAGGUUAAACUAAAAGAUGCUUGAAAAGGUAGCAAAAUGGCAAAAGUUUUUUUGUUAUUAUUCUCAGUUAUAAUGCAAUGAAACCCAUGUGUUUUAUUUGUAUUUUUUUUUAGGCACUUUAUUCAAGACUUUCAACAUUAAAGGUCACAGUCAGCAACUUAACCUUUCUAAAAAAGCUUAAUGAGUAUGGGAGCAAGUUUGAUGAGGUAGGGAAGGAAGGGAAAGAAAGGGUUUCUGCUUGCUUGACGAAAAAAGCCAAAUUGGAAGAAAAGAGGGAAGGGCUAGCUAUGACCCAGGAUUUAGCUACUGCGAGAACUUCUAGAGAUGCAGCCUCAGGUCUCCCAGAAUCAUGUGCAAGUACAGUACACAGACAACAAGUUUCAAGUAGUCAGCUUAAGCAAGUAGAAGAUGAAAUCAAUGCAUUGGAUCAGUCAUCUGUUAGUGGCAUGCAGUUUGUCAUCGACAAUUUUGAUCUAAGACAGAAUGUUAGAGAGAUGACUUGUGAGAGCCAAAACAAGGAUUACCAUUGGAUCAACCACAACUGUGUUCUUAACAGAGUGUCAGGUGCUCACUUGGACAAUACCAAACCUGUUUGUGACAUAAAUGACGUGCCUUACGGCACUCUUUUACCUCAGGCAAGGGAUCACUUGAAUAACAGAGAAAACUACAUUGUCCUUGUUCAAAGGGUUCUUGUUGAAUGCAUUCCAGCACUGGGUUUCCUAAAGGAUGCUGUUAAAAAACAUAUUCGUCACGAGUACAGUAAAGAGAUGGGUCAAAAGACAACAAAGGUACAACAUAACACUAUUGUGAAAUAAUUCUUGUGGUUCAUACUCUAACUUGGUCCAUAGAAUUCAACUUUUCCUUUUAAUAGUGUCAAACACUUUGUCAUACAUACUCAAAAACUAAAAGAAUAUUAGGUUCUAACCAAGGAUAAAAUUGAACCACAACAUAGGGUCACAAUUUCAUUUCAAUCCCAAAAGUGGAAUUGUGUUAAUUUUAGCUUGAAAUCACCAAACAAUAUUAAAUACCAUCUGGUGAUAUUUUUCUUCAAGUGCUGAUAAUUCUGCUUGAUCUUUGACUUUUGGAGUGUUACAAAAUUAUGUACAAUUGUACAACAUAAGAGCCUUUUUACAUCAAAAGUGCCUUCUUAGUGUACCGGGCCCAGUUGUUUGAAGGCUGAUUAACAUUAACCCAGGGUUACAUUUUAACCCAAGGUUCUCUUCCUUAGUUCAAAUGCAUUUUCUCAUAUAAUUUUCACUAUUCUUUUUAGAGCAUCCAGUGAUCAAAUUGAAAACUAAAUGAAUGAAGUUUCUUUCUCAGACUUCAUAUUCAAGUUAUGCACUAAACCCGGGUUAAUCCUUCUUUUAGCCCAGCCCAAAUGUAUGAUCAAAGAUUGAGGUCAUUGACCUGAGUACUAUGAUAAGUCGAUGUACACAACUAUCCCCCUCCCUUGAGUGUUACAGUCUCAGUCUUUACCUGAAGGAAGGGGUACUAUAAUUAUCAUUAUUGUUGUAGAGUGGUGAAAGUAAGGUCAGAUUAGAAUUAACUUUCCCUUUAAAUGAUGAAUCUAAAUACAAUUAUAAAAUAUUUAUAUCCACCCCAUGGAAGGUAAAAUGAUCAUCCUGAGAAGCAUUUCAAUCCUCUUCUUAUAGUUGACUUUGUUCCUGGUCUAACAGGCAUGCCUUGGUAUCAUUUUUGAAAAUGAAAACACAACUGAAGGUAUGUUAAAUGUGCUGAAGAGGAUACAUUCCUAUCUACCAAGUAAAGGAGAAGGAGGGGAUCAGCAUUUUGUUUCAGCAAAUGUCAUUGGUGAUCAACUCACUGUAGACAGGGCUGUCAAUGCAUUAAUGGCGCAGCAAAAUGGCUAUACAGAAGAGGAGAGAAUGACAGGUUUAAACAUCGGAAUUGCAGACUGGCAUGCAGACAUGAAUUUUUUACAGGUAAUUAUAAUGGACAUUUUUUAUACUGCAUUUCCUAUGGUUCUCAUAAUACUCUGGAACAUCUCAUUUACCAAAAUAUAUACAUGAUGAGAGUAAAGAAUGAUCAUCGUAGCAAAUUUUCCAAUUUAAGCAAUUGGAAAGAAGAAGCCUGAAAAAAAUCAGGUUUUCAGGCUUCUUCUAUUGGAGAAGUUACUGCGAUGAUCAUUCUUCAUUCUCAUCUACAACCGCAGUUCAAAAAUGAAUUAUUUCAUAUACUUCACAUCAAUAUAUACAUGAAUUCCUGUAAUCAAUUUCUUUUGUUUUGCUUUUAAUAGUGCAAAACAUUCCUUUUGGGGGAGGGGGGUUAGGAUAAAGGCUAAAUAGAAUGAGAACAAUGUGUACCACUGCUUCAAGGUUCUUGCUUUAACCAGUCAGAAUUUAGUAAAAGUUCCAAAGACUUCAUAACUACAUAGCCCUAUUGAGAAGAGUCUUUAGCUUGAACGCGAGGUUAUGAAAGAGAGAGAGCAAAACACACCAAUAUUUUUUGUAUGUAUUUCGUAUCUUUCAAUACAGCUGUGUUUCAAAAGACAUUACUCUUCAGACUCAGGAGGAGACAAGUGCACAUUGUUUUGUGACAGAAACAAUAUCAACCGCAGGAAUGUGAAGAGUGACAUGACAAGUGCAUAUUCCCCAGACAGGGCAAUGUUUACCUUAGCAGUGAAAGCUCGGAUUGUUGUAGCAGCUUUGAGCAUGCUUGGCAUGAGUGACAUCAAUGGUAAGCCAACCCGCAACACUUUUCCACCAAGCUUGGCAACAGCAUCAGUAGCUAUCCAAAGGGUGUACCUUCGUCAGAUUGCAGCAAAGGUUGUUGACACGUGUUAUUGAUUCAGCAUCUUUAAACUCGCUUUUAAACAAGAUACUGACUGAGGAAGAACAAGCAGAGGUGCAAAGGAACCAAGCACAGACACCUGAUGGCCGUUACCCAUGUCGUGUUCCUGGCUGUCCCAAGACAUUCCGCUAUGAUGGAAAAUCAAGGAGAAAACAUGAACUUACUCAUGAAGUUCAGGUGGAAUUUUCCAAUGAGCCACCCUCUGAUGCACAUGACAAGGUUACUCAACCAAAAACCCUUGAGGAGCCAAACAAGGCAAAUGAUGACAUGUUCAAUUAUCAAUGUUCUCUCCUUGAUCAUGGCUUGUUAUAUUUGAACUUUAGGGAUGCUGUGGCAGAAGGUGAUGGGACAAGGAUCAUUCGUUGUUGCAAGUUUCUCCUUAUUCAGUUUUGGCAAGAGUCAAGUCAAUCAAAGUAUGCCCUCGAAGCCUUAUACCUUUUAUUCCAGAUUAAUGCCCUUCUGACUCCAUGUGAGGCACAUGAGCUUAAGUGGAACAGGUCAGUAAAUAAUCAUGGUGCAGCUGGGUGUAAUGUUCCACUAGAUUUAGACCUAGAGCAUGACAACAAUUACAUCAAGGAAGCAAACAGGAAGAUGGGCAGAAAUCUUACAACAACUGCAGUCACUAGAAACUGUUCUUGUUGCAAAGUUGCACGCGAGCUUGUUGAACUCUUUGACUCAGAAUGCAAAAUCAAAAAACGAUCUGGAAAGCAUGUUCAGAGAUCAGAUGCACAGGACCUUAGAAUUCUUGUAAACCUUUUAUUAAGUGAAGAGGCCUUGACUGAAACCCCUGGGCGAAAUUACAACCAUUACACAGGAUUUCUACGAAGUCAGACCAGCAACAUCGACAUGUCAUCAUUAUUCAAGUGGAUAAACAAACACAAA